AAUGAUCAAAAUGAGUUUGAACAGAAGUGGCAAGUUAUGAUCGAAGAACAUGAUUUAGUGGAGAACCAAUGGUUGAAGGACAUAUUUGAGGAGCGUGAAAUGUGGGCACCACCAUUUCUGACAGAUCAACUUUGGGCUGGGAUGUCUUCAACACAACGAAGUGAAGGUCUAAACAAUUUCUUUGAUGGAUUUGUUCAUGGACAAACAACAUUGAAUACUUUUAUGGAACAAUAUGCACUUGCUCAAAGGAGGAAAAUGGAGAAAGAAGCAGAAGCAGAUUUUCAGUCAUAUAAGUUAGUGGUCCAAUGUGUAACUAAAUUGCAUUACGAGAAACAAUUCCAAGUAGCAUACACGAAGGCAAAGUUCAUCGAAAUUCAAGAAGAAUUGAAAGACAUGUUGGGAAUAUUUUCAGAGGUAGUUGAGGAAGAAGGUCAGUGCAAAAUUUUUCAAUGUGAAGAAGGAAAUGGUGGGAUGGAAAAAGUCACCUUCCACGCUGAGAAAAUUGAAUUCACCUGCACCUGCAGGUGCUUUCAGUUUAGGGGAAUUGUAUGUCGACAGGCAUUUGCUGAGUUACUCCAACAACGAGUAAAAGAAGUCAACUCAAUAUACAUUUUGGACCAUUGGCGUAAGGAUAUAACGCGAAGGUAUAAUUAUGAAAAAUUUGUUUCCAUUGCUUAUGACAAAAGGCCAGAAAUGGAAAGGUAUGACGAACUUCGGCAUGUAUUAUUGCAUAUUGCUGAGAUUGGGUCUGAAAUCCCGAAAAUGGUGACAUAUGUUAAAAAUAAAGCAAUAGAAAUGGUAGAAGUGCUGAGUUCAUGGAAAACAAAUAUAGGACAUCAACAUGGGAAAGAUGCUAUUUUCAAGAGUAGCACAUCAAUGAGGGUGAAGAAGAGAGGGACAAAGGUUCCUAACUAUCCGAGAACAGUUUAUGAUGACCCUAAUAUUACAAAAAAACUCCCCGUGAUGAAUCCAACCUAUAAAAAACGUCGUGGGAGGCCAACUAAGAACCGCAUCAAAACAUUGGUCGAGAAGGUUUUUAUGAGAAAGAAGAGGAAGAAGGGAAAUGAAGCAUUGCAGUCAUCUGCUUCUGGUGAACAAGUUGCACAUAAUAAGGAAUCUAAUUUAAAAUUGUCCUAGUGUUCUCACAUUCUUUCUUCAUUCUCUAACAAUUAUACAUUUAAAUGGCAAAGAAGAGAAUAGGUUUGCAUCAAUGGAGGAGGUUUGUAUAGAAGAGAAUAGGUUUGCAUCAAUGGAGGAGGUUCUUAGAAAUAACAUUGCGUUUGGAAGCCGAAAUGAAUUGGAUGAGUCAAC